AUGGCGAACUUUGUGUACAAUAGCCAACUCGACGCCUUUGAACUCUUCCAUCUGAUCCAAGAAGAAGAUGCUGUUCGCUCGUCUGCACGACCACCGAGAUCACAUGCCCUGGAAGCCCUGGGCCACGCCCUCUCGGGCUCCUUUGGCGCCGCCAUCUCCAAUGCAGCGCUCUACCCAGUUGACCUCAUAAUAACGCGGCUCCAGAUACAGCGCCAACUCCGCAAAGACCAGUCGCGUCCUGCUCAGGAGGAGUACAAAGGAUUCUUCGAUGGCCUCCAGAAAAUUUACCAUAACGAGGGCGGGAUCGCAGGAUUAUACACAGGCCUGCUGCAAGACACGGGCAAGACAAUUGCGGAUUCAUUUUUGUUCUUCUUGUUAUAUUCGUUCUUGAGAGAUCGGCGGAUCGCCAAGCAUACGAAGUUGAAUGGCGGCAAGAAAGUCAGUCUGCCUGCGUUGGAAGAGUUGGCUGUUGGAUUCAUUGCAGGGAGUUUCACCAAGUUGGCAACAACCCCGAUUUCGAACAUAGUUACCAGGAAACAAGCUGCGGCGCUGCUGAUGGCGUCGGAAGGAGAGGGACAAGAGUCCGCUACGACGACACAGACGCGGACGCCCACAGCCCGACAGAUCGCCAAAGACAUCCUCUCGGAGAAGGGUCCUUUGGGAUUCUGGUCCGGCUAUUCUGCGAGUUUGGUCCUCACACUCAAUCCGACCAUUACUUUCUUUCUGUUCGAAACACUCAAAAAGAUUCUCCUCCGCAGAGACAAAAGACACAAUCCACCGCCGAGCCUCACAUUCCUGCUGUCCGCGAUUAGCAAAGCUUGUGCCUCUUCCAUCACGUACCCUUUCAGCCUUGCGAAGUCGCGCUUGCAGGCCGGCGGCGCUUCCUCGCAGAAAGAGGAUCAGGACGAAAAAGAGACUAUCAGCAAAGACUUCAAGCGGGAAGAGACUAGAAAAGCGGCACGAGCAACAAUCUUCAGCACUGUCCUCACCAUUGCGCAGACCGAGGGUAUCAGCGCCCUGUAUGAAGGCUUGCAUGUUGAGGUAUUGAGGGCGUUCUUCUCCCAUGGGAUCACUAUGCUUGUGAAGCAAAUCAUCCAACGCUUCCUCGUCAAAGCCUACUACCUCGUGUCCAUCAUUCUCGGACGCUACAAAAAGCGUCGCGAAGCAAGUGCGAAACGCCUUGCAGAAAAAGCAAAAGCCAGUGUCGAAUACUACAAUCUUGCAAUGGCGCGGGCGUCGGAGAAGAUUGAGGAGGCGGCCGAAAAAGUGAAGGAAAGUGUGGGAAAGAAAGCAAAUGAGACGGCCGAAUUUGUGGGAGAGUAUGUGGAAGAGGAUGACGAGCUAGGGGAGAAGUGGAAGGAGCUGUAUGGGACGGUGGGACUGGCCAGAUGGUUCGACAAGGUGAGUGAUGAGAGGUGA